AUGUCUUUCGCGGCCACACGCGUCCUGUGCAAGCGGCCACCGUCGUCUACCACAUGGCUUUCUCGCCAACUCCGUGAUCCAUACGUGCGCCAGCGCGCUAGUCACCCACUGCACUUCCGAUCACGGUCUGCCUUCAAACUGCUUGAACUCGACGAGAAAUGGAGGAUCUUCCAGCACGAUGUCCGCGCCGUGGUUGACCUCGGCGCCGCUCCCGGUGGAUGGAGCCAAGUUGCUGCUUGGAAGCUUGGCUUGAUGGAAGAGGACGUCGUAGGAUUUCCUCGCAAGAACAGACGUGCAGGUUCAGAGGCGGACGCAGAAUACUCACAGCGUGGAGCGGAGGUUGGCUUCGGCAGCCACGAUCUUCCAGACUCGCUUCAUGAUUUUGGUAUCUCGGAAGUUACAAAGCCAGAUACCACGCAGAAGGACGAGCGAGGUACGAUUGUCGCCGUAGACCUUCUACGCAUGCUCCCAAUGGAAGGUGUCGAGACCGUUCAAAUGGACUUCUUAUCCCCACAAGCGGACGCCUUCGUGACCUCGCUUGUCACAAAGGAAAAUAAUUCCGACGGGAAGGUUGACGUUGUACUGUCCGAUAUGGCUGCAAAUGUCACUGGGAACAGAGCGCACGAUAUCGAAUCUUGCCUUGACGUCUGUACUGCGGCAGCAAACUUUGCGAGAAGACACCUUCGGAAUGCAGAGGAUGUCGGAAGACGCAAGGCUGGAGUCCUUAUCAUCAAAUACUUCGAGGAUCCACUAUUGACAAAAUUCCGCAAUGAAGAACUUAAGCCACAUUUCAAUGCCGUCUACAACAGCAAGCCGGCGGCGAGCCGUGGAGAGUCAAGCGAAGGAUAUUGGGUUUGCAUGGGAUUUAAAGGGUGA